AUGGGACCAGGCAAUGAUACAGGUACUGCGGAAUUUCUUCUCCUGGGAUUCUCAGAGGAACCAGAAUUGCAGCCCCUUCUCUUUGGGCUGUUCCUCUCCAUGUACCUGGUCGCCGUGCUGGGAAACCUGCUCCUCAUGCUGGCCGUCAGCUCAGACUCCCGCCUCCACACGCCCAUGUACUUCUUCCUGUCCAACCUGUCCUUGGUGGACAUCUGCUUCACCUCCACCACUGUCCCGAAGAUGCUGGUCAACAUCCAGACACAGAGCAACGUCAUAACUUAUAAAGGUUGCAUCACGCAGAUGUAUUUUCUCACACUCUUUGGCGGUUGGGACAACUUCCUUCUAACUGUGAUGGCCUAUGACAGGUAUGUGGCCAUCUGCCACCCCCUGCACUACACGGUCAUCAUGAAUCCCCGGCUCUGUGGACUGCUGGUCCUGGUGUCCUGUAUCAUUAGUAUUUUGAACUCUUUGUUACAUAGCUUAAUGGUAUCGAGACUGUCCUUCUGUGCAGACUUGGAAAUUCCCCACUUUUUCUGUGAAAUUAAGCAGAUGAUCAAACUUGCCUGCUCUGAUACUUUUCUUAAUGACACAGUGAUGUACUUAACAACUGGGCUGUUGGCUGGUGGUCCCCUGGCUGGGAUCCUUUACUCUUAUUCUAGAAUAGUGUCCUCCAUAAGUGGAAUGUCAUCAGCUCAGGGGAAGUAUAAAGCAUUUUCUACCUGUGCAUCUCACCUCUCAGUUGUCUCUUUAUUUUAUUGUACAGUCCUAGGUGUGUAUCUCAGCUCUGGUCCUACCCACAGCUCGCAUGCAAGUGCAACAGCCUCAGUGAUGUACACGGUGGUCACACCCAUGCUGAAUCCCUUCAUCUACAGUCUCAGGAACAAAGACAUAAAGGUGGCUCUGAAUAGAUUCUUUGGGAUGGCAGGUAUAAAAGGGACGAUUAUUCUGGGACUGAAAAAGUGCCCUUGA